ACGUGCGUAUGAGUGUGUUUUGUUUACAAUAUACAUAAUACAUUUUUUUUUAAUUAUUAUUAAAUGCAUACAAGAUCGUUGAUCACCUACUCGGCCACCAGUCGAGUACCUUCACUAAUAUUUUUGAAGUUUCGAAAUUAAUUAUCUCGUUUCGCAAUUUGCAGUAAGAUUUCCCCAAGCCCAGUAAAAUGCGUCUGAUGCCUAUUUCAGAUAUAUCGUCGUUGGUUCCUGUGCGUUGAAAUAAAGAAAAAACGGUUGGAGUUGAUCAGAUGCAUCCAGUAGUUGAUUACGCCUACGACGCUUAACAUGCAGAGCACUGCAAAAGGUCCUAGGUCUUACAUGAAGUCAUAUGGCCGUGCAAAGUACUCCAAUAAUCCGAAUAGUGUUGUACAAACAGCCAUAAAUUUUGAUAAGCUUUUGUGUGAAAACACUAAUAGGCCUACAGCGGCCAAAUCUUCAGGUACUGUUGGCAAAUGGGGUGUUACUUCAUUUACUUCAAUUAGAAGUACUAAUUUUGUCACAGGUAAUACAAAUACAGGAAAACCUGAAGAAACAUCAGGAUCUCGAUUUAGUGUAGGAAAGAAAAGACAACAUCAAGAAGCUAGUCCUGCUCCUAAAAUUGUUAUACCAGAACCUACUUUAAAUGUAGUAAGACCUAAGAAAUUUUUUAAAAGCCGCAAUGCUGAUUCUAAUAGAUCUGACAGAAAAUAUGGUGGAUCAGAAGUGACAAAGAAAACCAAAACAGUUAUUCAAAAAACCCCAGAAUCUUCUCCUGAAAAAGAAGACCGAAGUCCAGAAUCAAAAGAAUUGUCUUUUACAUCAUUAACACCGACUAAAGACCCGAGUAAGCCACCUAUCGUUCUUCGAAUAUUUAAAGGUAAAUCACAGUUAGUGAAUGAGCCUAAUUCUAUUCAAAAACCUCUUCAAGCAAUUGAAGUACCAGAAAGUAAUGAUCAAAUUACCCCUACUAUAACUACAAGAAGUCUUCGGAGACGAAACCCACAAACUACAUAUACUGAGCCAGAAACUGAAGAAUCUCCUCCAAUUAUUGAUAUACCUAAAAAGAGACGUCAAGAUAGGGCUAAAUUCACAGUUCCCACUUUAAAAAUUAAUAUAUCUAAACAUACUGUUAUUAAUCAAGAUGAUGAAUUGAAAUAUGAAAUAAAUGAGAAAGAAACAACUAACAUGAAUAUUGAUAAAUCUAAAAUAGAACAAUUAGAAAAUGAUCGCAAUAAGUUAUUGGCUGUAUUAGAGGGUAGUGAUGAUUCUUUAUCUAGCCCUAAAAUGGAUAUUCCAGAAGAAAAUGAAGAAGAAAAACUCGAUGCAACUGAUGAUUUAUUAAAACAACUUGAAGUGCAAUUCACACCUGAUAAAGAAACUUCUAGUAAGAAAAUUGAGAAGAAAAAAGAAGAUGUCAAGGUCCAGUCUGAUAUUCCUUCUUCAAAACAUCGAGGAGUAUUUGUAGAAACUGAACCAAUUAAGAUUGAUGAAGAUGAAGUAACAGAAAAAAUGGUAGUAGACCCGCCAGAAACAGUAAUACCAGCAAAGAAAAGUAUUUUUAAAUCUAGGAAUGAGAGAAAUAAGAAAGGUAUGUUUCUUUAUAAACAUUCAUGGGUUGAUAAGGAUAAAAAAAUUGAUGAAGAAAAGAAAGAAGAAUCUACUCCAAGUACAAGUCCUGGUAGUUUUGAACAAAAACCUCUACUAAGAAUUACAAAAUCAACUGAUGUAUUUGAUGAUGAUUUUGAUUCAGUUACAAGUAUUAAAUGUGACAAAAAAGAAAAAGGAUAUUAUACUGUGGUCCGAAAUGUUAAAAAAGCUCACCAAAUUCAAGAGUCUGGAGAAUUUCAAGAGUUUAAUGAUGAUGUUGAGUAUAUUUUAGAUGCUUUACAACCAAACAACCCAAUUGGAACUAGAUGUCUAUCUGCAAUAACAUUGGCCACUAAAUGUAUGACUCCAGCUUUCAGGAUGCAUGUUAAGGCACAUGGAACAGUUGCUAAGAUAUUUCGUGCAUUACAAGAUGCUACUAAAGAUCAAAGCUUAGGAAUGUGUACAGCUACCGUUAUGUUUGUUUUAAGUCAAGAUCGUUUAAAUAUGGAUUUAGACCGUGAUUGUCUUGAACUUAUGUUAAAUUUAUUGGAGAAUGAUACGAGUCAUGAUCAAGCUCUUGAUGAUUGUGGUCUUACUGAUCAUCAAUUACAAAAGACACGUGAACGAGUUAUUCAGUUGUGUUCUGAGAUUAAAUCUCAAGGAGCUGCUAAAUACUUAAACACAGAUAACAUCACUGUAGGACAAUUAGCUAUGGAGACUCUUUUAAGUCUUACUAGUGUUCGAGCUGGUGAGUGGUUUAAAGAAGAAAUGCGACAGCUUGGAGGUCUUGAUCAUAUUGUACGUACAGUUGUACAAUGUUGUAAUCAUGUUGACUCGAUGACAAAUGUGUGGUCCUCAACAUUACUCGAUCGUAUUAAAAAGGUGGAUCGUUGUUUAAGGAUACUUGAAAAUGUAACAAUACAAAAUGAAGAAAAUAAUGUGUAUUUAUUAGACUUUGAAAAUGGAAUUUUGAUUGACACAUUAGUUAGAUUGUUUAAAGUAUGUGAUUAUGAGAUACCGUUAUAUCCAAGUUAUGAUGUAAAUGACAAAGACUCAAUAAGUGCAGUGUUACGAGAAUGUCUAAGAGCUAAUUUAAAAGUGCUUAUAAAUUUGUCACACGAUUCCAAUCAAAUAACUCAUGGCUCAAAAAUUGGACAAAAAGAUGGAGUUAUUGACACAACUUUGCAUAUUUUUCUUAAAGUUCCAGAAUAUGUCCCUCAUGAUGAAAAGUUUGAUAUAAUGUUUUCGACCUUAACAUUGCUGAUUAAUCUAGUUGAGAUCAAUGUGGAAAAUAGGAAACUUAUAGCAGAAGCUAAAGCUCCUGAUACUAGUGAUAUUCAAGACAUAGCAAAAAAAACAUUCGCAAUCGAAGCACUAGUGAAAAUGUUCUUCCAACAAGAAGAAUUGGCUAAGACUGAGGAAAAAAAGACUGAUGAAAUAUUAGAUGGCGAGAACAAACAAACWGAAAAGCCAGCUAAAGACGCUCCAUUAAAAGCACAUACACAAUAUAUUGAGGAGACAAUUUCAUUACUCGUUGAAAAGGCGGGUCAAAAUAUGCAACACACAAUGAUUGCUUCAUUUAUUGCAAUUUUACUUGGUUAUAUUACAAUGGAUAACAAGGAAUACCUUGAAUUUGUUGGUAAGCAUUUACCAGAUGGUCGGUUUACAGCUAUGUUGGCUGUUUUGGAUAAAUAUUUAAAUUUCAUGAAGCUUACUACUGCUCCUGGCACCAAAGGAAUAAAAUCUGUUGAAAUGAUUAUAAAGCAUUUGACAAAAUGUGAAAAACUACAAGCUGAUGCAUCUGAUCUACCUAGCACUUCAGCAUAACUAAAUAGAGUGGUUAUAUUCUUUAGGACCAAGAAUAGCAUAAUUUAAUGUUUUAAUAUUUUUACUUAUGAAACUUAUCCUUUUAUUUGCAUAUAAAUGUAUURAUUUUGUAAUUUAUUUGACUGUAAAGUAUUAUUUCUUUGUUGUAACAAUAACGGAUUAAUACAAUCUUUUCCUAUUCUGUACGACUUCUUUUUUGUCGUGACAUGUAAUGUUUUUAAUUUUUAAUUGUCUCAUUGAAAAUAAAUUUAAUCCGUCUGUUAUACCUAAGUAAAUUUUGUAAGUUGUAUUUUUAAUUAAUUUUUAUGUACGGUUCUUGAAUUUAGUGUUAUAAUACCAUAGGAAGUAAUAUUACCUUUUUAAAUUUAUUAUUAAAUUCAUAACAUAAAACAAUACACGUUGUA